AAAUAAAUAAAUAUCGUGUUUAUUAUUUACCUAUUCAUUUAUCUUAACAUAAUUUGUAUAAAAAAAUAAAUUAAAUUAAAAUUAAUAUUCAUUGCAUUAAUAAGAUUUUCAAAAAUUGAAAAUGCUUCUGUGAAUAUAAAAAUUGUUUUUACUUGUAAUCUAGGAACACAAAAUUUAUCGUAGAUACAUAGCCAACAUUUCGCUCUUGAAUCGUAUUUAUCUUCGUAGUCAUGCCUAAAGUAGUUUCUCGAAGCAUAGUAUGUUCAGACACAAAAGACCAGGAAGAGUACAACGAGACAAAACCUCUGCACAUUUAUUACUGUUUGUGUGGUCAAAUGUCUCUUAUUUUAGACUGCACCUUCGAUAAACUGCCGUUAAGACCAACUGACGGGGCUCGUGUAAUCGACGGUUCAAAACAUGCCCAUAAACUAACUUCAGAUCCAUACGAAACAGUGUAUCUCAAGAGAGAAAAAGGUAUUGAAAGGCAGUACAGGCUAAAAUGUAAGAAAUGUGCUCUUCCUAUCUUCUACAAGCACAAACAAGAUAGUAAUGUUGUGUUUAUAAUGGAAGGAGCUUUAGUUCAGACAGUGGGUGAGGUUACUGAUAUUUACAAACAAGUGGCACUGGCCCAACCAAAGAAGAUCAUGGUCACAAAACAUACAAAGAAUAUGGGUAAAUUCAGUUCAGUAACUGUGUCCACUAUUGAUGAAGAGGAAGAUGAAAUUGAGGCCAGAGAGGUUGCAGAUAGUUAUGCAAACAAUGCUAGAAUUAUUGAAAAGCAAUUGGAAAGAAAGGGCAUGAAUAAACGCCAGGCGGAAAUGCCGUCAACAAGUUCAACUGAAAAGAGGGUAAGAGGGACACUUAUUGAUAAAUAAAGUUGUCAUUAAUUGGAUUAUUUGAAGUAUAUUUUCUUAAUAACAGUGAUGUAGAGACAAUGUGAGGGUGUAUCAAGUGAAAAAUAUAAAAUUUAUGUUAUAUUAUGUCCUAUCCUUACCUCUGAAAAUAAAUCUCAUGGUAAAUA